AUGGUGACACCCUGCCCCACCAGCCCGGUGAGCCCCGCCGUCCCGGCUGGGAGAAGGGACAGUGACCAGAACCUGCGCGCCCCAGUGAAGAAGAGCAGGCGCCCACGCCUCCGCAGGAAGCAGCCGCUGCAACCGCUGCACCAGUGCCCGCUCCCCGGGGACUCUGGCGUUUGCGACCUGUUCGAGUCCCCCAGUUCCGGCUCGGACGGCUCCGACAGUCCAGCGGUGUUCACAGCUCGAAGUUGCAGCCGCUUACUAGGUCCUGCCCAGCACUCGCUGCAGCUAGAUCUACAGACCUUCCGCGACUAUGGCCAGAGCUGCUACGCCUUUUGCAGGGCGCGGGAGAGCCACUUCCACCCGCGGGAGCCGCUGGCGCGGCAGCCACAAGUGACGGCGGCAUCCCGCUGUAAGCUGCUCAGCUGGCUGAUUCCCGUGCACCGCCAAUUUGGCCUUUCCUUCGAGUCGCUGUGCCUGACGGUGAAUACUCUGGACCGCUUCCUUACCACAACGCCUGUGGCUGCAGACUGCUUCCAACUGCUCGGGGUCACUUCCCUGCUUAUCGCUUGCAAACAGGUGGAGGUGCACCCGCCUCGGGUGAAACAGCUCCUGGCCCUGUGCUGUGGUGCCUUCUCACGGCAACAGCUUUGCAACCUCGAAUGCAUCGUACUGCACAAGCUGCACUUCAGCCUGGGCGCGCCAACUAUCAGUUUCUUCCUGGAGCAUUUUACCCAAGCGCGUGUGGAGGCUGGACAGGUGGAGGCCUCAGAAGCCCUGGAGGCACAAACUCUGGCUCGCGGGGUGGCGGAGCUGAGCCUAGCCGACUACGCCUUCACCAACUACGCCCCCUCCCUGCUGGCCAUCUGUUGCCUGGCGCUUGCUGACCGUAUGCUGCAGCUGCCACACCGGGUGGACUUAUGCCUGGUGGGGCAUCCCGAGGAAGCUUUGCAGGACUGUCUGGGCAAGUUGCAGCUGCUGGUGGCCAUUAACGGCAAGUCCCUGACUCAUAUGCUCCCCACUCAGAUCUGCGAGAAGUGCAGCCUUCUCCCAAACUUGAAAUAA